CCAAAACCCCGGGUUAAAAACAUUCUGGGACGAAAAAUUGUCGUCAUAUUUUCGUGCUUCGAUUUCUUGGAAUGUAAUAAACUUUAAAUUAUCCUCCUCCACGUCCACGAUACGUGGCGACAUUUUUCGCCAUGUCGUCAAGAAAAGGCAAGUUACCACAGGGAACAUCUCCCGUGAGGAGGAGUCCACGAAAGUCUGCGACUCCAACUUCAACUCCAACUUCGCGAAAUGAAGGGGACGAUGAAAGGCCAAGUACUUCGAAACAUUUACACCUCCCAAGACGGUUAAAUUUCGACAAUCUCGCCAUGGUGGCACGAAAGUAUCCAAACAAUCGCAAAACUGAGCCCAUUGCUAGGCCCAAGUCUGUAAAAGCGCGAGGGCAGCAAGAGGUUAUGAUCGUAGCGACGGUAAAAGGGAGGAAUUUAAGGUCAUCACCAAAAAAGCGGCAAGAUGAAGACCGGGGGACAACGGUGGAAGGCCAGAAUUUGAGGUCGUCACCAAAAAAGCUGCAACACCAGGUAGCAGGACCGUCGUCUAAUCAGGGGGCGAUGUUGCCUCCAACUAGUCGACCAGUAAAGGUGACAUCGUCUCGAAAUAAGGAACUCGGUACGACUCUGAUUUCUUCACCGAAUCGGAGUAAAAGGAGGCGAGAAAUUGAAGCAGUUUCACCGCCACAGCCACAACGGCAAAGUAGGCGACGAUUGGAACUUAAGUCUCCUGAGGAAAAGGAACCACCGGUGCCACCAAGACGCAAGCAAACACCAGCAGCGAAAUCCAACAAAAAUUUGCAAGUAAGGCGUCGUGCAAGAAAAUUAUCGUCCUCAUCAUCAUCUUCAUCAUCAUCGUCGUCAGAGCCGAGGCCAGUUGAAGUAGAGUGCACUUACACCAAAUCAUCGUCAAGAUCAUCACCCAGACGGGAGAUUGAGGCAAAGCCGCCAGACAAAAUUUCAAAACUUCCCAAAAAUAAUCAAUUGGAACGUUCUGGAACCAAAUCGACUUCUUCGUCACCGCCAAAACGGGUACCACAAACUACAACCAAAGCUCCUACUGGUGCGCCUAGAUCUCCUUUGACGAAGCGAAGCAGCCCCCGAAGAAUCGAUACGCCGUCAAGACUUUCGACGCGACGACAAGUAAUGGACUCGCCAGAUUCAGAUAAUGCAGCACCACCAUCGCCAAAAAGGUCUCGGAGGGAAAUAACUGCUAAUUGCGCUGGUCAGGCAGACGACGAUGGAACCGUGGAAGUGAUGACCACUAGUCAAUCUCAAACUCUUAGUCAAGAAGUUCAAGAGGAAAACGAAUUUCAAAAUUGGACGGUUUUCACUCUCUUCCACUCUAGCCUGUUAAAAAUUCUGGGACCACCCAUUGUCUCGGAGGAAGUGGACGACGGCAAACUUGUCGAAACUGCUCAGAAACAGAUCUCACUUAUCAGAAGGUCCGGUUAUCUACCAAAGUCGAUCAAGCAUGGCUUAUCUCAACCGAUUAUGUUACGAGUCAUAAAGAGAGCUCGAACAGCCGAGGGAUCACUUGUCCUGAAAGGAAUAAAGUUCCCAAGUGAAAAUCCGGCUGGUUUUUUACAACGACCAAAAAUGGUUAAGUUGGUCUUCCAUGGAUUAAUAAGUCGCUGCUUGGUAUUCUACGUGCUCCCCGGAGAUUUGGUUUUGUUGUUUGGGCGGACUUUGAACGACGGCGAGCUUACUUUGGAAGUGAACCCGGACGAGGGAGAAAGGAAAGUUUUCUGCUUGACGUUGCGUAUGUUUGAGAAAGAAGAUUUCAAAAGCAUCCCAUUAAUGGAUUUCGCCAAAUGGAAAUUUGCUUCGAUUGUGUCAUCCUGUCUGAUAAAACAGGACGAUGAUGACGAUAUGGUGGGUACACAGACACAGUUAUCGCUGCAAAAUAAGCCUGCGCGUGACUCGGCUGCCCUCGUGAUCACGUAUCCACGGAAAGAUAUGACUCCAACAAGAAAAGAUUCCUAUCAACUUGUUCCAUUUGAGCCCGAAUCAGAUUUUCUUGUUCGUCGCAAAAGUCCAGAGUCACAUAUGGCUAGUGAACCGGCGUCUGGAAGCGCGACGUCUGCUGAUGUUGGUCAACAGGAACCUCAAGCCACGCUAAAACGAAGGUCACAAGAACAAAUGCAGACCAAUGCGGCUGAACCACCGGUCAUCCCAAUUAUUAUAAAUCCUGACCGUCCUAUCCCUGCGUCUCCGUCUCAUCAACCGCCCCCAAAUGCUAUCAGUUCCACAGGAGAAGUCGACUAUGAUAAACUUUGGGACGCCAGGUAUUUCGUUGGUGGAGAAGAACGCCCUCGAGUUCAGAAGACAAAAGACCGAUAUAGAUAUCAAACGCUUGCAGAGCUACACCAAGAAUUAAAUAAUGCGACCAGAAAUGACCUGAAUGCCGGUUUACCACCAAAUAUGAUGAUUCCAUAUCAGAGAAAUGUGUAUGGAUUGGUGGUUAAAGUAUUACCACAAAAAUUGAGUGAGAAGAACGCGCACAGAAUUCUGAUCUCGGAUGAUACGAUGGAUGAUGUAUAUACGAGGAUUCAUUCGUCACGUAUUACGCCAGAAUUAGGGCCAAAAAUCCAAGUUGGAGAUGUUAUUCGUGUCCAUCGAGUUACGGCGCAAGUGGAGAACUGUCCCAAGUCUGACUUGAGUGGGACGCACCGUGCAAUGGCCCUCAGCACCAGCCCACAUCUAAACUAUGUGAUAUUUUCGUUGGGCGAUGGUAAAAUCAUUUAUGAUAGUUCGGCCAACAAGAUAACUUACAAUGAUGAUAUCGACGCUCCACGAAUUCGACAACUAUUUGCUAUGUGGAAAGACAGAAUCUUGCCCACUAUAGGCAUUGACGCUCGCUUGUUUGAAGAAUCAUGGGACGGAACUACUUCACAAACAUUGGCAGUCCAAGCACAAGCCGUGGGUCUUGCAGGCGAACCAGUAGCUAUUCCAUCAACAUCUGCGCGAAAUCCAUCCGAUGUCGAUGAGCCUGACACGACUACAUCUACUACUACUCCCCCAUCACGCCGGGAGCAUCGAGGAUAUUCACCAAAGUUUCAUGUCGAACCACCACCUUAUCCGACUUAAAUAUUUACUUAAUUAGUGAAGCUAAUGAUAGCCCUUGUAGUAAAAAAAAACUAUUAAUAGUACGUAUGACGAUGAAACCGGUAUGUAUGUACACAUACACAAUACAAACCACAGGGACUGAUUUAAUAACUAAUUACUUACCACCUACAAUUUUUCCAGACUAAUUUAUAUACAAAUUUAAAAGUCAAAUGUGACGAGAUCUGAUGAGCAUUGAUUUUUGACAAUUAUUUUUUUACAAGUCGAUUCAUAAAUUGUCUAAUGUUCCCUGUGCUAAUGAUUAUAUUUAUAUGCAAUAUCUAUAAAAUAUAUUUGAAAUAAUACAUAUUUUUGUACUAUUGUUACACGACUGGACUUUGUAAGCUAUUUUUAGCAUAUUUGUACACAAAGGAAUAAAACUGUUAUUCAUUCAAUCCA